AUGGAUGCUGUGAAGAUGCUUGGGCAGCAGAUGGUUGAAACGCGAAGUUCAGUGAAGUUGGCUCGGAGAGCUUCGGAAGCGAUGGUGGCGAUGGGAAGGCAGGAAGAGCGAUGCCAAAUAGUUGCAUGCCGCAAGGGACAGGAUGUCUCGACUGGCAAAAAGUUUAUCCUGAAGUACGGGGAAGUUGUGCGCAUUGGACGUGGCAACGACAACGAGGUGAUCUUGGACUAUGAGGGUGUUUCGAAACACCACGCUGAGAUCUUCAUGCGGGCAAAACAGCCAGAAGAGGUCAUUCUUGGUGCAGAUCUCAAGAUGACAGGCCUGCUGUCGAUUCGUGACCUCAACUCCCGGAAUGGUCUCUCCAUCCACAAAUCACCGCUGGCUGCGGUCCCACCCCUGGGUGCUUUCGAUCGUAUCGUUCCUGGAAUUGUGCAGGCUGUGCAGGAUGGCUGGAGUGUUCUUGUUCCUGCCAAGAGUCGCAAUCAAGACAAACAGAUGACGGUGGAACAACGCCUUCUGACACUGUAUGUGAGCUCCGUGAUGGUGGAUGCUUUCGACUUGGUUUUCAGCCGUCGGAACGAGCGAAGCUUGUGCAUGCAGCAUGUUCAACUCACUUGCGAGUGCAUGUGCUCCCAACGGUUGCCCGAAGCUGCUCAAGCAGCAUCUGAGCGGGCGGCCGGCCAGAAUUUCGCGGCGCGAGGCCAAAUCAACGGAUGCAUGCUCUGUUAUGCUGUGAUGCAGCAAUGUUCACACGAUUUGUUGGAGGCAGCAUGGGCGUCGCCGUCAGCGCAGAGCAUGCUGGCGGCGGGCACGGCCACUCUGGUGGCCGGGUCCAUUACGGACAUGGUGGAUCUGUCGUUCACCACGACAGUCACAUGGUACAUCACGGACAUGCUGGACAUGCUGGACAUGUUGUGCACGAAGACGACGGAUGCGAAAACGCAGUAUUUGCUUCGAGCCCGUGGGAAAGAAGACGGUGGCUACGUGGAAGUGGGUUGGCGAUGGCAGAGGCCUACGUUGGUGAGAAUGCUGGUAGCUUCGAGCGGAGGCUUGACGUUACCUAUUCCAGGUGGAAAGCACGUGGGUGUGUUUUGGGCCUCUUAUGCUGUCUACUCCUUGGUCUCGCUCUGUGUCUCGUACUCGGGCACUUCUUCCAUCGGCAAUACCAUGAUGACCCUGUCAGCUGUCCCGAUUACCACCCGAGCUUACCGUAUGACUGCCAUGCCGGACUUGAGAACUGGGUGGCAGGUUGGUCUGUGGGAAAGAAAGGAUGGUGCUGCGCACACUACAAGCUUGGAUGUGCACCAGUCACUCAUCCUCCCACUGUUGUGCAUGGACAAUAUGACUGCCACGCAGGGUACAGCAACUGGAGGCUUGGAUGGUCGGCCCACAAGAAACUCUGGUGCUGUCACCGGUUUCACAGAGGGUGCUCAGAUGCACCUUACGAUUGCGAUGCCGGAUAUUCUAACUGGCAGUCUGGUUGGUCAACAUCCAAGAAGGCGUGGUGCUGCCAUCACACUCAUCGCGGCUGCGUUGUGUCGUUGCCAUAUGAUUGCGACGCGGGGUACAGCAACUGGCAACUGGGUUGGUCUGCAAGCAAAAAAUCUUGGUGCUGUGCGCACAGCCACCGUGGCUGUGGGGGACCCACGUAUGAUUGCAAUGCUGGCUACUCGCAUUGGAUGUCCGUAUGGACCCCUGCCAAGAAGGAAUGGUGCUGCCAUCACUACCAUCAUGGCUGUCCUCCAGCGUCAGUUCCCUACGACUGCGACGCUGGCUUCACCAAUUGGCGGGCGGGGUGGCUGCUCGCAUAUGCCCUACGACUGUGAUGCCGGUUACUCCAACUGGCACCAUGGCUGGUCGGAUGAGAAGAAGAAGUGGUGCUGCCAUCAUUUCCAUCGAGGCUGUGAGAUAUCAACCUACGAUUGCGAUGCUGGCUAUGACGAUUGGAAGAGCGUCUGGUCCAACAACAAAAAGUAUUGGUGCUGCGAGCACUUUCAGAAAGGCUGUUCCCACUGGGACUGUGAUAAAGACUACUCGGACUGGGUGCACGAAUGGUGUGCCGAGAAGAAGCAAUACUGUUGCCUCAAGUACCAUCGUGGCUGCUCGAGUGACAGCUCCUCUCUAGUAUCCGCCGGAUACCAUAUGCAGCAUGGGGUGGUCACUUCGUCUGACUUGACCGCGGGCCCUUUGCAGCAUGGGGUGGUCACUUCGUCUGACUUGACGGUGGGCCAUGCCGCACCACCAACAAACAUGGCUCCUUUCGGCUAUCACUGGGUGCAUGUCCUCCACCACGGUGCGAUGAGAUGGGUCGCGGUCCCCGACAAUCACCACAUCUCUAACAUCGGACAUCCCCCCAGUGCACCUUUAGCUGGACAUGCCUGGCAAUGGCGUGAGCACAAGCACCAUGGUGACAACGGUCAUUGGUACCAGGUUUCCAUGUUGGGCACUCCUCACAGGGCUGAGAACAUCCGUGUGUUCAUCCUAGCCAGCAGUGUUGACUUCACAGUUGCAAAAUCUCAUCUGUGUGGCGUCAAUUGGCAGAUCUUGGCAGAUCUUGGCAGGGCUGUGCAAGAACCUCCCCCUGUGCUCGCACCACCAAGACAACUGCCUCAGGUGACGCCUGCUCUUUUCACACCACCACCAGCAGAUGCAGAGAUCGCAAAGGCCCUCAAGCCCAAGAAAAAGAAGAAGCCCAAGGAAGACGAACGCCCCGCGGCUCGCCCGAAAUCUCGCCCUGAAGGGCUGGCGACCAUCUCCGGCGAGGCUUGGCCACCGCCACUACCACGUGAUGAAAGUGAUGCCUCGGAUGGUGGUCAGGACAUUCCGCCACCGAAGGCCAAAUCUGGACCCGGUCCAGGCCAACGACCGUUGACAUCACCUCGACCAGAACGUCGACGCUCUGACAAGGUGGAGGUCUCCAGUGAUGAAGAAGGCCCUGCUCCACGCUUGACACAGGCGAACGUGGCCAAAGUGUCAGCAGCGGCUGCUGUGGCUGUGGGCGUUUCGGAGCCCGACGACGUGGAUCCAGACUUGCGCAGCAUCUCUCCGAUUUCGACGCCUGGAGUCUUCCCCUGGCAGGUGGGGAAGAAGGCAAAGAAGAAGCCAAGGGCAGAAUCACCAUGCAGUGCAGAGGCUCAGGUUCGCAAGAAGCGGAAAGGAGAGACGGGCAAAGCCACCAAGGCAAAGAAGCUGCUGCUGACAGCACCAGGCCAAGGCCAAAGCCGAGUCGCUUCUUCAGUGUCAAAGCUUCUCGUUUGA